CACCCAUUUUAUCACCAUAUAUCUCUUCACAACAACAUUUUAUUUUAUUUUAAUAAUAAAACACAACUCAUACAACUUAAAAACUUUACCGGAAAAAAACUCGCCGGAAACAAACUUAUGGACCCAAAGUUCGCCGGAAAACCAACCGCUCACCGGAGAGCCCAAUCGGAGACGUUUUUCCGGUUCCCGGACGACGACAUCCUUCUCGACGACGUCGUUGCAGACUUCAACUUCGCCGGAAUCGAGUUACCGUCGCUUUCCUCUGACGGUGUGUACCCAACCACCACCGGCGAGUCGUCCGGAGAGUCGUCGGAGGUUGUUAAGUCGACGGCGAGUAGGCCGCCGGUGAGUCAUGGCCGGAGUUUGUCGGUGGAUGCAGGGUUUUUUAAUGAGUUAGGGUUAGGGUUUGGUGAGGGGGGUGGGGGUGGGGGUGGAACGGCGUCGUUUGAAGGGGAUUCGGUGUUGAUGAUGGUGGAUAAUUCGAAGAAAGCACUUGCACCGGAAAAGUUGGCUGAACUUGCUUUGAUUGAUCCUAAAAGAGCUAAAAGGAUUCUUGCAAACAGACAAUCGGCUGCUCGUUCUAAAGAGAGGAAAAUAAGGUAUACGAGCGAGUUGGAGAGGAAAGUGCAGACCCUUCAAAACGAGGCAACAACGCUCUCUACCCAAGUGACAAUGCUCCAGAGGGAUACGACCGGUCUAACUUCUGAAAACAAGGAACUCAAGCUGCGGUUACAAGCAAUGGAACAAGAGGCAAAACUCAGAGAUGCUUUAAGUGAAACCCUGAGAGCAGAAGUGCAGCGGCUGAAAAUCGAGACGGGUCAAACGCGACCACAUAACGGAAUGUACUACAACCAAUCGUUGCCACCUCAGCAUUCACCACACCUGCAAAUGUUUCAUCACUUCACUAACCCAAACACUCAGCAGCCACCACCACAACAGCAGCAGCAUCGGAUGCCUGAUUCAACCACUAACCGACCACCUCGACCUACCUUCAUGGACUUCAACUAAGCGGUAACUAUGACAUAAAGAGUCAACCUGGGUCAACCGGGUGUACUGUGAAGGUUUUAUAUGUCCUUUUUUUUUUUUUUUUUUUUUUUUUUUGUCGAAAUGGGAGAUGUUCAUCUUGUAGAUAACAGGGGACGUGGAUACAUAUUUUCGAGGUUGUUUAAAUGGUAAUGUAAACCCAACUUGGAGAAAUAUGACUCAAUUGAAACUUUUAAGCGGUAA